GACCCUUGUUUCUUUUAGGGCGCGAUGGGAGGCGGGGAUAUCUCCUCCACCAGGUUGAAGAGAGAGGAGUGCAAGCGCACUAAACACGAUUCUGUUUUCUCAAAUUGGCAGAUUCUCAUUGGGCCUUCUGAUUGGGAAAACCAUUCCUCAGGGAAGGAAGGAGUAGAGAGAUACAGGUCCCAUAACCUCCCUAUAAGUUGUUCAGGCCCAGGACUUUAUGAGCUAGGCAUAGCCACAUGUUGCUCUGAUACAGGACGGGAGAUUCGCAAGCUUGAUCCAGACUAUAUAAUUGUUGUCUAUCUUGGACAAGCUGAUAAUGUUAGGACACGACUUCAGGAAUAUGGACGGGAUGGUUCUCAUUUGGACCAUGGAAACUCAGUUGGUUUUCUUGAUAAAAAUAAAGGUGUUUAUCUCCAAAGAGGACCUGGAUUGUUUAAGGAGAUAUUCUCAAGAGGUUUUCCAAUUGUAUUUAGAUGGGCUGCAAUGGAAAGUAAGGAAGAAGCUGAGAAGACAGAAGCCCAGCUACUUGGUAUCUUUGAUUAUGCAUGGAACAAAGGUGGAAACUGUGCACGCCGCCCUGAUGAUAUCCUGAUAAAACUCAAUAAAAUUACUUCAAGCACCAUUCGAUUUCCAUAUAUUGCCAGGAAGCUCCAAAAAUGGAGGUGGGACAACCCAUUCAUUCAGAAGCAAGUUGGGAUCACAAUCAAAGGGCGCACCUCAACCCUCAAUGGGACUGAAUUAAAUACUUGUAAUUAUAAGGGGUGGAACAAUCUCUUGCGGAUUUUAAAAGUUAGCAGAUCCCAGCCUCAACUGGUUACAGGGAAAAGUAGCUUGAAUGAUGGCCACACUCCCAUUUGUGGGGUGGCUUUAGGUGAUGGGUCUGUUUGUAGAAACAAACCUAUUGAAGGAAGAAAAAGGUGUGGGUCACACAGAGGGAAGAAGAUCAAUGGAUCGAUAUUAAAACUAAUGACGGAUGCAGAUCCAAAAGUGUUUGGUAUGGGCUUACAAGAUGGGUGUACCCAGGAAGAUCCAUUGCAUGAAAGAAAAAUCAAUUCUUGUGAUGAAGAGCCAGAGAAACACCUCUCCCAGCAUUCAAAAACAUACAGAUCACAUCCUCAAAUGGUGGUGGAAAGAUGUACUACUAUUGAGGACCAUACUACCAUUUGUGGGGUGGUUUUGAGUGAUGGAUCUGUUUGUAGAAAUCAACCUAGUAAAGGAAGGAAAAGGUGUGGACAACAUAAAGGGAAAAGGAUUAAUAGGAUUACUUGUAAGUUGUCACUAGAAAAGAAAUCACAUGUGCGUGGUACAGGGCUAGAAAAUGAGUCUGUUUGCAUGGAAGUUCCAGUGAUUGGAAGGAGCAUAAACUCCUGUAGAGAUUUGAAGCAUGAUGAGCUCAUUUCAGGAACUUCCAAUUUUGAAAAGUCACAGCCUCAGUCUGUUGCAGGAACAUGUGUUAGUGAGAAGUGCACUGCUGUUUGUGAGAUGGCUUUGGGCGAUGGAUCUGUUUGUAGAAAUGAAGCGGUUGAGGGAAGAAGGUGUGCACAGCAUAAAGGGAUGAUGUCUAAUUGGUCCACGUGGAGACAGUACUGGAAAAGAAAUUGCAUGUUUGUGGUGUUGGCUUAGAAGAUGGGUCAGUUUGUAAGGAAGUUCCAAAACACGGAAGGAAGAGAUGUGAAUUGCAUAAAGGAAGAAAGGUCAUCACACAUUCACACUCCUUUAAGAAU